ACCUUUUCGCCCUAUAUUGCAAAAAGUACCAUGAACGCUCAGUACACCAAGGUUCACGUCAUUGACGGUAAGGGUCACCUUCUCGGUCGCCUCGCCUCCGUUGUCGCUAAGCUGCUGCUUAACGGCCAGAAGGUCGUCGUUGUCCGCUGCGAGGAGAUGAACGUCUCGGGCUCGUUCUACCGCAACAAGAUCAAGCUGCAGAACUACCUGAACAAGCGUUGCCUGUCGAACCCCAAGCGGGGUCCGUUCCACUUCCGUGCUCCGUCGCGCACCUUCUACCGUGCUCUGCGCGGUAUGAUCCCGCACAAGACUGCCCGUGGUGAGGCCGCUCUUGCCCGCUUGAAGGUCUUCGAGGGUGUCCCCCCUCCCUAUGACAAGCAGAAGCGCAUGGUUGUCCCCCGUGCUCUGCGCGUCAUCAACCUGAAGCCCGGCCGCAAGUUCACCACCCUCAGCCGCAUGUCGACUGAGAUCGGCUGGAAGUACCAGGACGUUGUUGCCGACCUCGAGAAGAAGCGCAAGGUCCGCGCCCAGGCUUUCUACGAGCGCAAGAAGGCUCUGACCAACCUCCGUGCCAAGGCUGUUGCCGCCAAGGAGGCCGACCUUGCCCCCAUCAAGGAGCAGCUCGCCGUUUUCGGUCACUAA